UUCCGGGAUUUAAAGGAGCAACAUUGGCUGGCAGGAAGUCAGUGAAAAUCUUUGUGGCCUGAGGGGAUUGUUUGAAAUCUCUAUUCACCUACCAUUCUCCUCCCCGACUUUAGCGGCGUAUAGUAUUCCCCAGCCGCACUCGGGGGGUCAGUAUGCAAAACUGAGGGAGAAAAUAAAGGACCAGCAUUUGGGGCUUUUUUUCUUUUGCAUCAUUCAACGAGAACGAAUUUCUACUGAAUGUCGAGCGUGCUUUCUUUUCUUCUGGAGCCUCCUGUAAAGUGCUGGAAUUAGAUCCUGAAAAGAUGACAUCAUCUAAUGAUUAUGGAGCCUCUUCAUGGGAACUUAAUGUUCAGGUAGAUCAGCCAAAUGAAGAUUCACCAUUGGAGUUUAAUUUGAGAGUAACAGGGGACUUUCAUGUUGGAGGAGUCAUGCUAAAAUUAGUGGAACAAAUUCCGGCACCCCAAGACUGGUCAGACCACGCUCUUUGGUGGGAAAAGAAAAAAUGCUGGCUUCUGAAGACUCAUUGGACUCUGGACAAAUAUGGAAUCCAAGCUGACGCUAAAUUGUUGUACACGCCGCAGCAUAAGUCAUUAAAAUUGCAGCUGCCUAAUAUGAAGACAGUAAGGUUAAAAGUCAGUUUCUCUUCUGUGGUCUUCCGGGCAGUCAUUGAUAUUUGCAAGACCCUGAAUAUUCGUAGGCCAGAGGAACUUUCCCUGUUGAGACCGCGAGAUAAUAUCUCAAAAAAGAAGAGGAAAGAGAAGAACAAUAAGCAUCCAAUUAAUGAAGAUAUUUUAGACUUGGACCAGGUGCCAGUAUCCCCAGGAUCAGUAGCAAGCCCUGGUCUGUACAGCAAGACUAUGACUCCCAUAUACGACCCUGUCAAUGGAACACCUAUCUCUUCUACAAUUACAUGGUUCAGUGAUAGUCCUCUAGCUGAACAGAACUGCAAUAUCCUGGCCGUCAGCCAGCCAAACCUAACGCCGGAAGCACUGGCUAAAAUGUACCGGCCGCAGAAUCAAGUCGACAAAGCAGAACUUAAUGCUGGAUGGCUAGAUUCAUCACGUUCUCUGAUGGAACAAGACAUCCAGAAGGAAGAUAAGCUGCUGUUGCGUUACAAGUACUACAGCUUCUUUGAUCUGAACCCUAAAUAUGAUGCAGUCCGGAUAAACCAGCUGUAUGAGCAAGCACGAUGGGCAAUUCUGCUGGAAGAAAUUGAUUGCACUGAAGAAGAAAUGUUGCUGUUUGCUGCAUUGCAGUAUCAUAUAAGCAAGUUAUCGCUAUUAUCUGAACCACAAGACUACACUAAUGAGCAAGACGUAGAUGAAGUUGAGGCUGCCCUUGCCAGUCUAGAAGUGACACUUGAAGGUGGAAAACUUGACAAGAUUUUGGAGGACAUCACAGACAUCCCAAAGUUAGCAGAUUAUCUUAAAAUUUUUAGGCCUAAGAAACUGACGCUGAAAGCCUACAAGCAGUACUACUUUAUUUUUAAAGAUACUUGUUUAUCAUACUUCAAGAAUAAAGAAGCUUCUCAAGGAGAACCAAUUGAAAAAUUAAACCUGAGAGGAUGUGAAGUUGUACCAGAUGUGAACGUAGCAGGACAGAAAUUUGGGAUCAAAUUGCUGAUUCCUGUGGCUGAUGGCAUGAAUGAAACAUACAUAAAAUGUCACAAUGAAACGCAAUAUGCUAAAUGGAUGGCUGCCUGCAGACUGGCUUCAAAGGGCAAGACAAUGGCUGAUAGCUCAUACCCCACAGAGGUGUAUGACAUUCAAUCUUUCUUAAAGAUGAAGAAUGUAAAUUCUGUGCCUCAGGUGAUGCGUGACCCAAAUGCCAUGGACAUGAACCCAGAAUCAUUGGUGUCACCAAGAUACUUGAAAAAGUUCAAAACUAAACAGUUGACCACACGCAUCCUGGAAGCAUAUCAAAAUGUUACCCAGAUGGCCCUGGUAGAAGCCAAAAUGCGGUUCAUCCAGGCGUGGCAGUCUCUGCCAGAGUUUGGAGUUUCUUAUUUCUUAGUCAGAUUCAGAGGAACAAAGAAAGAUGAACUGUUGGGUGUUUCCUACAACCGAUUAAUAAGAAUAGAUAUGGCAACCAGAGAUCCUAUCAUAACAUGGAGAUACAGCAACAUAAAACAGUGGAAUGUCAACUGGGAAAUCAGACAGGUUGAAAUUGAAUUUGAUCAAAGUGUGGCAAUAGCACUCACGUGUCUCAAUGCAGAUUGCAAGAUUGUUCACGAGUACAUUGGUGGCUAUAUAUUUCUGUCAACGCGUUCCAAGGGCCAGAAUGAGACCCUGGAUGAAGAACUGUUCCACAAACUCACUGGUGGUCAAGAUUAAUGCAAAAAUAGCAAAUCUGAACUGUGGUACAACAUUAUGUAAAAUACAGUUAUUGCUAAGAGGCCAAAAAUAACUAUAAAAUUGAAUUUUUGCAGCAUGCAAGUGUAACAUAGUUACAACAACAACUACCUUUAGGGAUAACUAAAUUCUACUCAUGCAUUAUAUUGUAAUUUUUAUAUAUAUAUACAUCUUCCAGUUUGUUUCAAGACUUCCAACCAGUAAUAACACCACUGUAUGCUUACAGGCUCAGUGUUGGCUGGGCAAAUUUAACCUUUUAAAGUGAUUGAUUUUUAACUGAUUGUGCCCUCUGCAGUUAUUUUCCCUUUAGCAAGGAAACAGUCACUAUUUAACCAUUGUAUGUUAACCUUAAAAUGUACCUAUUACAUGAUCAGAUCUACUGAAACUGUGAAAAAUAAAUGACCAAAGGAAAA